AUGGUUUACGUCGAUAAAGGUUGGUUUUCGGGUUUAGUUCAAUAAAACAGAACGAUUAUUGAAAAUAAUUUUCUUUCAAACUGAUGUUCUUUGUUACGAAACUUUCCUUUCGUCAGGAUUUUGUUAACUUACUACAUCAAAAAAUAAGAUAUUUGGUCUGCAGUUUUCAUUAUACUUUUAUUUGCAGAUGGGAGAGUUAUCGAGAAGAAAAAAGGAGUCAUUGAGAUGAUCAUGUCCUUCUUCGCCAUGCUCCUCUUGUUGUUAGUUUUAUUUUACUUUAUAUUCAAGGUGUAUUGACUUUAAGUAUGAUUAAUUUUCUACGAGCUUAGUUUCUCGAUUAUUUCUCGAGUCUAUUUUGAUUGAUUCAUUACAAUUCGGAAAUUUUCAAAAGUUGGCGCUUGAAUAAUCUCCUUUUCUGCAGCUUUCAAUCAAUAAUCGGGAUGGAUCGACCGUCGACCUCAGGCGGGUAUCGUCCCACCGCGAAUGACCAUCGAAGUUAUCUGCGUCAAAACGACAAUAACGGCCUCGGCGGAGGUUCCUCUGGACGUGGAGGCGGCGGCGGAUCUUCUGGCGGUGGCAGCGACGGUAAUUUCUUUAGCUUGUUUUUUGGCUAAAAAAGGCGGCGUACGGCAUUUGCAGUUCAUGUGCAAAGCCUUCGCGAUACGUUUUUGGCAUCGAUUUGAACUGUCGCAUAUUUCGAUUUCACUCAGCUUUUCUCUUGAAAAAUAAAAAAAAAACUAUUCACAUAAAAUCAUUUUCAAAGAAUGCGCUUUGACGUUUUGUGUGAGAUAAAUGGUUAACUUUCAUAAAAGAUUCGCGAAUGCUAUUAUUUUUGACUUUCCACCAAAACGCAUCUCGACCUCCUGGCACAUUUACUGGUAGUUUCAAGCCGAGGUAAAAAAAAAGAUCAUACCCAUUUGUGUCUCUAAUUUUUUUUUUCACAAAAAGUUAAUCUGACCAACCGAAAAAACCCGAAGUUUAGUCCAUUUUAACUAUUUUGAGUGUUCAUAGAGAAAUCAUUUCAGAGCUCAGCCCUUUUCAGUUUAGAUUUGAAAAAAAAGACCUUCGAGCUUUACUUUAUUAGCCGUUUUCUAAUGAGAAAUAUUCUUUUUUUAAAUUACUGAACGGAAAAAAUGGGUACUAUAUGAAUUUUCUGAUCUCCAGCAACCAAAAAUGUACACAGCCGCCAAAUUGAAAUUAAAAGUUUGCAGGAUUCCGAAGGAAUAUCGGACGACUCCCUGGAUUUUCAGGCGUGGCCCCGCCUCCGAUGAGCGGUGGAUGCUGUGGCGGCGGCGGAUGGUAUUUUCUUUUUUUUUACAUUUCUUUCAUCAUUCUUCCGAUUUCAGUGGAUAA